CCAAAAGAAUGGCGUAUGCACAAAGAAAGGGAAGGCGAGCAGGUGAGCGAUGCAAGAUACAAAAAUGACAGCGAGAGGGAUAAGAGUAUGCACAAGGAAAGGGAGAGGGAGAGUGAGUACAAGAGGAGAGGAAAGAGGGCGGAAUGCGAGGCGGCGGCGGCGGCGGCGGCCACACUGGAGCGCGAGUCAUCGUCGUCGGAACAUCAGUGCGAGUUGGCCAGUGGUUGCGAGUGGUCGUGUGAAGUUGCACGCGGAUAUUUGUUUUUCUCAGAUAAAAUGGGCCAGCAUGUCUCCAGGACGGAUUUCGAGUGGUCAUACACGGCAGAGCCCCAUGCAUCGAGGAGGAAGGAGAUUCUGAAAAAACACCCAGAGAUAAAGGAGUUGUUUGGAAAUGAUGCAACUCUUGUGUGGUGGGUGUUUGCCCUAGUCACUUUCCAGUUAGCAUCCCUCUUCGUGGUGAGAGAGUUGUCGUGGUUCUGGGUCCUCAUCUUGUCCUAUUGUAUUGGAGGAACCAUCAACCAUUCACUAAUGUUGGCAAUUCAUGAAAUAUCCCACAACCUCGCAUUCGGUCACUCACGACCAAUGGCCAACCGCAUUCUGGGGAUUUUUGCAAACCUUCCCAUUAUCCUCCCAUUUUCUGUGUCAUUUAAGGGCUACCAUCUGGAGCAUCACAAGUACCAAGGUGAUGAAAAACUUGACACUGACAUUCCAACAAAUCUUGAAGCGCGUCUAUUCUGCACAACCUUUGGAAAGAUGGUCUGGAUGUUUUUCCAGCCACUGUUCUAUGCCUUGAGACCGAUUGUGACAUACCCUAAGAACCCCACUCCACUAGAAAUCAUCAACACUACAGUACAGCUGACCUUCAACUUCUGUCUGUUUUACUUCCUUGGUGGCAAGUGUCUUACAUAUUUGGCUGCAGGGUCUCUAUUGGCAAUGGGUAUUCAUCCUGUUGCUGGACAUUUCAUCUCAGAGCAUUACAUGUUCAAAAAAGGCUUUGAAACAUAUAGUUAUUAUGGCCCAUUGAAUUUAGUAACAUUCAAUGUUGGCUAUCAUAAUGAACAUCAUGACUUCCCCUACAUCCCAGGAAGCCGACUGCCAAAGGUGAAGCAGAUUGCUCCAGAAUAUUAUGAUACUUUGCCACAGCACGAAUCUUGGGUGAAGGUUAUUUAUGACUUCAUAACUGAUCCGGACAUUGGUCCUUACGCUCGCAUUAAAAGGAAGCAUGCUGGCUUUGACAAGGAGGAAUAGGCUUCAUUUUUUUUUUUUUUUUUCCCUUUGUAUUUGUUAUUAAAUGUAAUGUAUAUACUGAAUCUUUCUUUACAUUUUUGAAUUCCAGUGGCAACUAUGGUAAUUUAACAUUGCCCUUUGGAAAGAUAUAACUUUGUGUGGUAAAUUGUUGUAAAAAUGCAGUGUCUAAAACAGGACAUGAAAUGUAUUCAUUUUUUUUUUAUAUAUAUGAAAAAAAUGAGGACAAACUGCAUAUCAGUAGCAAUUGAUUGUUGGUACUGUAGUACAAAAUAUUGCAUUAUGAAAAACUUUGAACAUGUAUGGGUUUGUAAGAGCUUGUAAAGCUUAUCCAUUACAAGUGCCAGAUAUUGCAUAAUUUUACAGUAGUACUACAAAGAAGAGAUAUUAAGUGUAAAGGAUUUGGUUAUUAUAUGAUAUCCCAAAUCCCAGUGCUUUUUGUAAAAGGUGUCCUGGGAGAAUUUGGGCUUUCUAGGUUAAUGCAGAUCAAUAGAUACUGCUAAUAUUGAAAGGUGAUUUACUAUUUGUAACAUGAACAGAUGAGAAUAUUGAUCCUAUAGUAUUGAUAUUGAGGUGACUAUUUAAGUAAUAUUAUUUCAGAUUAUUUCAUUAGAACUAGAUAGCAAAGGCUGAUACAACAAAGUUAUAGUUAAUGAUCUUGAAUAUAUCUGGAACAAAAAUGAAUAUUUUAAGAUAUUUAAAGAAAAAUGUACUUAUGGGUUGAAGAAUGUGCUUGUGUAGUUAAUUAAUUGUAUCAGUGUGUGAAUAACUUUCAAGUAAAUUUUAUGAUGGGUGGCCCAUCUGGUGUUUGUGACCCAUCAGAAAUGAUGAAACCACAACAGUGAAUCUCCCAUUUUGUUGUAAAAGUGUGAGUGCUCAUAUGUGAUAUAUUGCAGUUACUCGUUAUCAGGUUAUGAAAAAGAAAUAGAUUUGUGGAGAGUGAGCUGCAAUAAGUAUGGUUGAUUAUUAUGUACUUUCAAGUUCAAUAGUAUGAAACUAGCUACCUUGUUAAACAUGCAAGUUACAUUGGAAACAUAGGAACAUUGCUGUUGAAGUGAAAUAUCAUGGUUCUUACACUUUGACCAUAUAUUGAUAUUAAAUUGGUACAGUAUGUACCUCUUUAUAGCUUUAAGAUAUUCCUCAUGCAUGAUAACAUUUCCAUGCUUUCACACUUCAUUCACUGUGAUAAGUAGACUAAGACUGGUGUCACAUCAGUCCCCACUUAUUAUGGAAGAAAAAAUAUAUAUUUGGCAUUGAAUACUCAAAGUAUUGAUUUUGUUGUUGCAGAUAUCUCAAAUUUUGUUUUGAAGCAAGGUAAAAACUUCAGGCAUUUUUGAAGUGAAAAAAAAAGAGAGAUCAUUAUGGCUAGAUCUGUAUUGCUCUUUCAUUAGAUGUUUUAGUGACGGGUCUUCCAUGGCUUAAGCCAUGUGUUUUUAGCACUGUGCUCUAAUAAUUCUGUGGUUGAUAUUAUCCAGAAAAUAGAAAGAAAUAUAAAAAACUAGCCUUGACUAAAAUAGCACUUAUCAAAAUAUAUCCUGCGGAUAUAGUUUUUAUAUUCAGAGAUGGUGCUAAAGAUAUGAAGUCAUCUAAUUAGCAGAAAAGCAAGUUUGUCCAGUGUAAUAUUUUGUGUGAAUACUUUACCCAGAAUUUUUUCUGUUAUUGUACUAUUAUAUGUUUUCUUGCAUUUUCCUUUUUGACCUUGCAUUUUACACUUGCAAUUUGUGUUAAUGUAUGGGUUUUCUUUAUUAACUAAAGAAAGACUGCUAAAUAAGCUAAUAUCUUUUGCAUUAAAAAUGUAUGUGUAUUUCAUAAUUCUGAAUUUUCAAAAUUAUUUAAUGUAUUUGUGUAUAGUUAUGUAUUAAAUCCUUAUAUAUAGAUGUAACAGGUUACAAACACAUUUUUAAAAGUUACUGCACAAAUUAAAUAUUUAGAUGGUGCAAGCAUCUCGAAAUAUGAAAUGGUUUAAAAUAAUCUAUACAUUUUUUUUUUUUUAUAUAUAUAGUAGGCAUUUGCUAUUGUAAACUUUUUUCUUUUGUGUUUUUACUGAAUUGAAGCAAUAAACAGGGCUUCUGAAGACUGAGAAUAUCCAAAUAUAAUUUAUUCAUUAAG